AUGUCCUGCGGCCCAAACUUGCUGCUGCUGCCACGCACGGCCCAUCCUUCUCCCCCUCCUCCUCUCCCAGCACGGCGCAAAUUGCACCUCACGGGAUGCUUCCCCGGAGGCUGCUCAGGCGCCCCGCUCCUCUUUCCACCUGAGCGUCACUGCGGAGGAAUCUUUGGCGCGCUUCCCCUCCGAUUUUCACCUGGAACCGGACAAGAAAAUAGCAACAGCCCUGGCGACGAGGGCACCCCGCCGGGCACGGCCCCGCCGCUCCCACUGCCCACGCCGAGCGGCCGGGGAGCAGCGCUGCGCCCCGCAGGGGCCGCACGUCUCCCUCCUCACGUCCUGCUCUGCCCUCCCACGGGGCUGGCUCCGCCUGGCGCUGGCAGGCGCCUCAUUCAGCACUUUGCUCUGCUCCAGGCAAAAAGUGCGGACAGCGCUUUGCUUGCUCGUGAGCAAGAGACCGCGGCGCGGGGCGAGCGAGCAGCAGGGGCAAGUUGCAAGACUGCCGCAAGGAAGAGUUACAAUCUGGUGAAGAGGAAGCUAAACAAGACGGUGCGUGUGGCGCGGCUGCGGGAGGAAGAGAUGCUCCGUGACUCCGCUUCGGCCCCGGAGCGCAGCGGCCCCGCGGCCCCCGCCCCCGAGCCGCCGGUGUCCCCUUCGAAAGAGGCAACAUCUGGGGAUACCCGGCCCGGGGCGGUUGAGGAGCGGCCGCGGGCCGUUUCUGGAGCCGGGCCGAGCGCUGACAGCCGCGUGUCGCCGGCAGGGAAGGCGCAGCAGGGCCUGACGGAGCGCUACCGGGUGGGCUCGCUGCUGGGGCGCGGCGGCUUCGGCAGCGUGUUCGCGGCGACGCGGCUCUCGGACGGCGCCCCGGUGGCCAUCAAACGGGUGCCACGGAACCGCAUCCGUCAUUGGGGCGAGCUGCCCAACGGCACCAGCGCACCACUCGAGGUCGUGCUGCUGGACAAGGUGUCCACCGGCUUCCCUGGUGUGGUGCAGCUCCUCGAGUGGCUCGAGCUCCCCAACAACGUGGUGCUGGUGAUGGAGCGGCCGGAGCACUCUCAGGACCUGCUUCGUUUUAUUCGAGAGCGGGGCUUCCUGUCAGAGGAGGUGGCACGGGAGCUCUUCCGCCAGGUCCUGGAGGCCGUGCGGCACUGCACCAGCUGCGGGGUCCUUCACAGGGACCUGAAACCAGAGAACAUCCUGGUUGACCUGGCCACCGGCCAGGCCAAAUUGAUUGACUUUGGCUGCGGCACCCACCUGCAAGACACAGCCUACACCCGCUUUGCAGGAACACCAUCGUACAGCCCCCCGGAAUGGAACCACUUUGGCUGGUACUACGGCGAGGCAGCUACCGUCUGGUCCCUGGGCAUCGUGCUGCACCAGAUGGUCUGCGGGCAGCACCCGUUCCCGAAGGGCCGGAACAUCAGCUGGGGCCAGCUGUCGCUCCCACAACGGCUCUCUCAAGACUGCAAGGAACUCAUCAGAUGGUGUCUGUCCCUGCACUCCUUGGACAGGCCCUCAUUAGAAGACCUGUCGUGUGAUCCUUGGCUGCAGGAUAUUCACCAUCCGUAGAAGAAGGGAGAGAGCCACAGGCACACUUUGAUCCAGGGAGCCGCCGCAGGGAAGAAGGAGCCCCUGGAGAAGCUGUGCCAGGUGGGGCUGCUGCGUCUGGAGACAUGGAGGACGACGUCAAGGAUGACGAGCUCUUCCUCGACCUGGCCACCGGCAAGCUGAAGAUGAUGGGCUUUGAUUCUGGCACCUUCUUCAAAGCCAGGCUCCACAGCGAAUUUACAGAUGAGUCCACACCCAGGGGGAUGCUCCCAGAUUUGGGCAUUGCACGGCCUGGCCGGGAAGCAAAGGUUCCCCCCUUUGCUGGGGCGGAUGCAACUAAUUCUUCAGCCGGCUGCCAAGCUGCUUUUCGGCGGGGCGGGCGGGAUGGGCUGGGGUGCUUACGAAAUGGGAGUCGGCCCCUGGCCCUGCCAACAGCCCCCACCACCCACUGUUCCCCGGGCUGGGGCUGGGGCUGGGGCUGGGGCAGCCAGCCCGACACAAACAAGCCCCCAUGGCAGGAGCAGAGGUGGCGCUCCAGGAGCUGUGCACGGGCUGCUUUGUUUUGCGGGAAAGGAAGGGCUCGGGCUGCUCCACUCCCCUUGUUUGCUUCGGGCUCGCCGUGCCUGUUGGGGGGCAGUGCAGGGGGGAAGGGAGAAAGCGUGGGCUUCUCUCGCCCGUGGGUGGGUUUUUCCCCAGCAUGUAGGGAAGGUUGGGCCUUCCUCAGGCCCCCGACAGAGAGAAGAUUUUUGACCUUUUUUCUUGUUUCUCCUUUUGGUCUGUAAUCCCUUUUCAUUAAUUUGUUGUUUGUUUUUCUUCGAGGAAGCGUUGUAGGUGGUGUCCAGUCUGGAUCGGGAAGUGCUUGGGACCAGCUGCGGCGUGGAUGGGACGUGGCCUUGGAGAAGGCCGAGGACAUCGCUUGGGAGCAGCUUUUCUUCCGGCGGCGGGUGGCGUGCGCCGGGCUCUGUGGAUGCUGAGGCUGCUCUGGGCUCCGCCA